AUGUCAAUAUUCAGUCAAAUAAAAUUAGGAAUAUUUAUUCCAUGUCAAAUUCCAUCAAUAAUUUGUCACUUAUUUUUAAUUUAUCAUCUUAUAUUUAAUCCACAACUACGACAAGCUCUACAUAAUCAUAUUAUAUUAAUGUUUUUAAUAACCAAUUGUUUAUUAAUAACCGUUGACCUAUCAAUGGCAUAUUACUUUCUUAAUCAUGGUCGUAUCAAAGAAAAUGGUGUAAAUUUUUGCCUAGCAUGGAACCUUAUUGAUUCAUUUUUAUCAGGUUUAUCAAUGUUUUUUAUGAUGUGGGCAUCAUUUGAACGUCAUUUAUUUAUUUUUUAUGAUCGUCAAAUAUUCAAUAACAAGUUAAAACGUGUUAUCUUUCAUUAUGCUCCAAUAAUAAUAUUAAUUAUUUAUACAUGGAUUUUCUAUUUUAUUGUUAUUUAUAUUAGUCCAUUUUGUUCAAAUAUUGAACACUUUGAUUUUAAUGAAGUAUUUUGUGAUCGAGCAUGUUAUGUGCAUCAUGCUAUAGUUUUAUCAUCAAUAGAUUUAAUAAUCCAUAAAAUUUUAUGUUCAAUACUUAUAUUUUCUUUUAAUUUAUUUUUAUUGAUACGUGUCUUUUAUGGAAAAAGACAACGUAAUCAAAUCAUAAGAUGGCGUCGACAUAAAAGAAUGACAAUACAAAUUUUAUCUAUAUCAACAUUAUACUUUAUUGGUACAUUACCAAAUGCAAUCUCAGAGUCAUUUCAUGUAUUUCUAGGCCGUGAAUAUCUUGGCGAAGAAUCUAUAAUACAACAAGAACUCUUGUUGUAUCUUUUCUAUUUUAUUUCUUUAAUUAUACCUUUUAUUUGUUUGAUGAAUUUUCCAGAAAUUUAUCAAAAGUUACGGUUUUUCCCGUGUUCAAAACGAUCACCAAAUGCCAUAUUUGAUAUAGCGUACUCAACACGUCGAAACCAAGUAAACAUUUCGAUUUUGAAUACAAAAAGAGCAGGAAUCAAGCCAAGUUGA